UCGGAAGCAUAUCAAGGUUGUUUUAGUCAUCUUACAAAGCUGCGUGUGUCCUAAAUCACACUUUUCAAAACACAUUCGCUCUCAAAGCUAUGUGUUGGCAUAGCAACCAGUCACCUUUGUAUGCGUGAAACCCUUUCAAGUUGCAUGUGCGUAGAUUAAGGCUACGUGAAGCAUGUUACAGGUAUGUGAGUCGUAUUGAAGAGGACAUGUUUGACCAAAGCAACUUGUUUCUCGUAUUUCGGGUGCAAUAUUGUCUCCCUGGUGCCUCAGGUAAGCAUGUGAAAUAGGAAUUCAGACGGUCCACUCAUUCCUGAGUCGCGGGCGUUUUUCUGCCGAGAGGCCUGAAAUCAGCGCAUCGGAAUUUGUCGGAGCUUAUCGACGGCACUGGCGAAGAUCUCCGCUUACCUCUCCGCUCCCGAGCCGGCGCUGUCGACGUGACAAACACGUGUGCUCUCGCAGGUGCAUCCAGAGAAAACCAGAUCAGAGCGCCGGACGUUGCGGCGGAGGCUACAUGCUAGCUCGUCUUUGACAUCCAACAAGAAGUUGAACACACCCAAAAAGCCGAGAUGGACUUUGUGAUGAAACAAGCUUUUGGCGGUGCCACCAAAGACAUGGGCAAGAUGCUGGGCGGCGAGGAGGAGAAGGACCCUGACGCGGCCAAGAAGGAGGAAGAGCGCCAGGAGGCUCUGAGGCAGCAGGAGGAGGAAAGGAAGGCCAAACACGCCCGCAUGGAGGCCGAGAGGGAGAAGGUCCGGCAGAGCAUACGGGACAAGUACGGCCUGAAGAAGAAGGAGGAAAAGGAGGCCGAGGAGAAGGCGGCCUUGGAGCAGGCGUGCGAGGGCUCCCUGACGCGCCCCAAGAAGGCCAUCCCCAGGGGCUGCGGGGACGACGACGACGACGACGACGACGACAGCAUCCUGGACACCGUCCUCAAGUUCCUGCCCGGCCCGCUGCGGGACAUGUUCAAGAAGUAGACCGACCGGACGGACGGCGAGGAAGCGAGGAAUCGUGGGAAAGGACAGGGCAGGUUUUUAAAAAAAAAACAAAAAAAAGGGAAUUGUGGGAAAGGUGAUUCAUAUUCUUGCCAAACUGUUGCAGGCUUCACACUGCCUUUUUUACUCCUCACAACAAUUUUCAUUUCAUUUAAUCCUAUCAGGCCUUUCGAUUGGUAGGCCGUCACCUGUCGCUAGGCGGACGCCACCAAAUCCAAAGUACGUAUUUGCGACACGUGCCUUCAUCGCAAAUGGUCGUGGGAAAUGCAUGCUGACGUUUAGGACCGUCUGAUUGGCCAGCCGGCGAACAGGAAGUAGCGACGCUGCCGCAGUUACCGCCCAUCACUUUUUGUGGGAGUCGAAAGCCCCUUUCGAGCGGCCCGAGUUUUCAUGGCAUCGUGGUGAACCCGCAUCACAAAGUAAACGUCACUUUGCCCCGUUGUCUAACGAUUUAAAAGACGCUUACGCAAUGAGGGAUAACUCCGUAUCGGUGCGAAGGUUUCCGGCACCGGACGGGGCGUUGAAUGCGAAGGCGCAUAAACACCGUCUUCACUGUUACGUCUCCGAUGCAGCAAUUUUGGGGAGACUCUACGGGUACGGUCAACCUUCCGAAUUUCCCAGCGUCCUCUGUUAAUUAUCUAAUUGCGGGCUUCUGUUUCUCUGUGUGAAAGUGUACACCUUUGCUGGAUUGUGUAUGAAAGAGCCCAUUUUCGCAGAAUCUGUGUGAAAGGAGCUCGUCAUUCCAAGGUUCCCUCUUUGUUUCGGUUUUUGACGCGUAUUUCUGGUGGUGCGCUCCCUUGAGACAAUCAGGACAAACUUCUGGCAUUGGGAAACAGUACUGGGCGCGAGGUUAAACUUGUUAUGCUUUGUGAAAUUCAAAUUCAUCACCACGGAGACCAAAGAUUACCAUUGCUUUGCAAACAGAAAAAUCCCCACUGCACGAUGACGCCAAGCUGUGCGUCAGUGGUGCGAUGCAUCGUGAGUACAUUAGUGGCGUGCCAACGGUGCAUUCCUGGCGCAUCGGCGGUGCAUUUCGGGUGCAGUAGUGGUGUGACAACAAUGCAAUUGUGGAGUGUCAGCGGUGCGCUCUCACUGUGUCCACAAUGUAGCGGUGGCGCGUCAGUGGUGCGUGACGGGUGCAUUUGCGGUGAGCCAGCGGGGCGUCACUGAUGCUUUGUUCAUCAAUGGUGCAUUACGGCUGCAUUUGUGGUGGAUCCAUGGGGGUGCAUUAGCGGGGCAUUAUGGACGCAUUUCGGGUGUGUCAGCAGUGCAUCGGUGAUACACAUUUGGUGCAUCAGUGGUGCGCUGUCAAUACAUCAGUCAUGAAUUGUUGGUACGUUAUAGGUGCAUCAAAACCGCAUUAGCGGUUGCACUGCGAGUGCAUUAGCUGUGCGCUAUCGGUGUGUCCACGAUGCAGUAAUGGCGCAUCACUGGUGCAUUACGGGUGCAUUUGCGGUGCGUCAGCGGUGCAUCGUUGGCGAGUUAGUUGUGAGCGGUAAAUGUGGCAAAGUGCCACCCAAUCCAAAGGUAACAUCAUAAGCGUUUGGACGAGCUAACAGCUUUAGCGUGUGGCUAAAGGCUACGAAGCGAUGAAGCUAAGUCGUUUGUUUUUUGUCAGCGGUUGUCAGGCGGGAAGAACACAAAACACUCGUGUAGUUGUCGACUUAACGGCGACAAAGUAGAAGAAGAUUCCGGACGAGACCACAAAGCCAUACGCUUUGGAAUUUUUUGUCAUAAUUCCUUGAAUGUUUUUGUUUUGUGUUUGUGUGCGUGUGUUGCGUGAACAUGUACACGACACGCGUAUAGGAAGAAACUAUUGUGUUUGUGCGUCUCUGUGUGUUGUUGUCUAUGCGUGUCUUAAUACUCCAUGCAUUCCUCACGCAUGCCAACCGAAGACCAAAUGUAUGAUUUAUUUGAUUGAUUUAUUGGACCAAUCAUGGAAAAAAUACAAAAUGAACAGUAGUCAAAUAUUAGGGAACAAUUCAAUCGUAUCAGACAAUAAUAUUCAUGACUAAUACACAAAUACCAGAUAACAAUACAAAAAUAUUUGGCAAAUAUAUUUUUAAAUAAUGCAAAAAUAGCUGAAUAUUAUGAGAAAAGUAUUUGAUGAAAACUACCCAAGUAUUAGAAGAUAUACUUGUCAAUGUUGGUGCCUGAUUAUGAAAUGAAUUGAUGAGUUUGUGUUUACGUGUGACAUUAAUGUAUUGGUCUGCGUUUUCUGUUCCGCCGGUCACAUGUUUGCUCUUCUGUCCUCCUAUUGGCUAAACCACGCGCCUUCCUAAAGGGCUAUUCCGUGUUUCGUGUUCCACGUUUUAACGUUGGCCAUGCUGCCUCGAGUGUUUUUAAAGACACUCUGUAAUAUUAGACAGUAUAAAAACAUACAGUAAUGACAUAAAUCACUGGAAUUAAAACGAAUUCAACAGUUUUUGUCACACUUUCUCAUUCAAUUCAAUGCACAC